AUUAAUGGUAAACUGCCCAUGGCCAGUCAGGUUCUUCAUGGCGAAAUAUUAAUCGGUUUGAUUAAAUUAAGUAAGAGUAUGUACUGAAUUUUCUGGCGAAGAACUUGAGACAUGUUGCGUGAUAAUGGAAGUGGCACAAGUUGUACACAAUUAAUUUACUGUCUCGGCGUCCGGAUGCUACUCGUAUGUCGUGCACGCGAGCCACAGAUCACUGCACUCAUCGGAACGGGAAGAACAGCUUAUGGCCCAGACGCUUCUUAUGGCGACAAUGUUUUGGACAAUAUCUGCACAGAUAUCCCAGUCUGAUGAUAGGGUCAACGUGACCAUGUGCGUCAUGUAUGAGCGGGACACGGUCGGUCUGCUGUAUGACUUCAAUCGAGCACAGCCUGCCUUGGACCUGGCGUUGACCUAUGUCAACGAAGCGGUGGUGGCGCCGGACAUGUUCAUUCGUGCUAUCUACCGAAAUAUUGGAACCAGUUGCACUGAUCCCGGUUUGACCUAUGCGGCCCAACAUGCGCUAUACCUACAUGAUCAGGGGAUCAACUGUGACGUCUAUUUAGGACCGGGAUGCGGCUCUGCUGCCGAUGCAUUGUACGAUUUGGCAUUAACAUGGCACAAACCCGUGAUUGGAUUACCGUCAGCCAGUGUCGGACUGCUGAUAACACCGUAUUAUUACGAUCACUUGACCAGAAUGUCGUUUACCUUUCCUACAUUAAACGCCGCUGUUGUGUCGUUUUUAAACUACUUCAAUUACACGUCACCGGCAUUUUUUUAUGACAACUCCCAGAAUUUCUUUUCGGAAGCCGGUCGCCUAAUUCUAGCAUCGCUGCAGCAGAAUUACACAAAGCUGUUUGCGGCUAGCAAACUGACUCCUUUCGACAGCGAUUUGGCAACCGAUGACAGCUUGGUUGGACUCUUACAAAGCGCAUCGAAAGUAUCAAGAGUAUUUUUUAUUCUUACGGAUGCUGAAAACACCAGGAGAAUCAUGUUACUGGCGCGUCAACUCGGCAUGGUCGGAGGGGAUUACGUAUUCAUCGCUAUAGAGCUGUAUAGCAGCGAUGUCUGGGGAACGUUUACGUGGCAAAGUAAUGACGCCAAUGAUGCGGCAGCACGGGAAGCUUAUCGAGCUCUUCUGAUCUUUUCGCUUGAUAUUAACAAUAAGAAUGACGAAAGUGCGGACAAUCUUCGAACAUUUUGGAAAGAGAUCAUCGAGAUAUCCAAAACCAAAUUCAAUUACACCUUUCCUAAGAUAUAUACCGACCGAGUCGACCCUAUAAUAGCUCACUUUUACGAGGCAGUCGUCUUAUAUGCAUCGCAAGCCUAUGCAAUGUACCAACAAAACUUGACCUAUCAAAACGGUGCGGCGUUUACAUCAUAUGUGGCUCAGAAACUAUUUCCCAGUCCUCUUACGGGAUCAUUCUAUUUGGACGAGAAUAGCGAACGCCGAAGUCCUUAUGUAAUGAAAAUCAUGGACGAUCACACAGGCCAAUACGGGAUCAUGGUCCAAAUUGAUGCAAGCGCCCAUUUAACCGUAGUUGGAGCAUUUACAUUUGUUGGUCAACCUGGCUUGCCACCGAAUGAGCCACGUUGCGGCUUCAAAGACGACAAUCCGGUAUGCAUUGCCGAAAGGUCAGCGCUGCCAAAGGGAACCAUCGAAGCUGCGGUCAGCGUGCCGCUUAUUGUCUUCUUUGCAUUGGUUGCGGGCGCUGCAUAUGUCCUAAAACGCGCAUUAUCAGACGAUUCGGAUCCUUUCUGGUGGCGCAUUAUAUUAGCAGACAUCGAUAUCGCGACGGCGACCACGACAUCUUAUCGCUCCUCAAUGCGAAGCUCGUUAACACACCACACCGCCCACGCCGAUGAGGAGAAAGAAGAUCUAAAGAAGGAACAAGAAGUGAAAGCGACUCGCACAGCUAAUAUAUCGGGGGUUAGCGUUACUCUGGUGGAACUUCCAUCGCCCAAACAUCGCGUGCCCAGCGAUACAUUCAAAGCAGCCGGUUUGGCCAAGACCUUAGUUCAUCGGAAUAUUCAAAAGUUCAUCGGAAUCGCCGUCAACGAAGAUAAUCAGUGCGAUUCCAUUGUUGGUGAAGUUUGUCAAAAGGGCACACUGCGAGAUCUCGUUAGCGAUGCAGCGAUCAACUUGGACUGGGAAUUCAAAAGCGCCAUAAUGAAAGAUCUAGUUAAUGGUAUGGUGUACCUGCAUACGUCGAAACUUCGUUCACACGGCUUCCUCAACGACCAAAACUGUCUGAUCGAUAACCGCUUUAUACUGAAAAUUUGUUCAUAUGGAUUCCCUUCGCUUCGCAGUGAAGAUGACUUGCAGGCCGUCAGUGUUGCACCCGAAGAGCGCAAUUACAACAUAUUACUAUGGAGAGCGCCGGAGUUGUUGCGGAGAACAAUGCCUCCCAAUGGCACGCAACAAGGGGACAUCUACAGCUUUGGCAUUCUUCUCCAGCAAAUUAUACUCCGUAGUGCACCGUACCAGAUCGGUGACAGCGGACAAGGGAAGAAUGCAGUCAAAAGACGAUCCGACCGAGAGCAAAUCAGUGAUCGUGAUAUCGUACAAGAUGUUCGACGCGGAUUGGUCCCACCACUGCGGCCUGCAGUGCCAAUCUCUGCAUGCCCUAUGGAGUUGUAUGAACUGAUGACGAUGUGCUGGGAUGAAGACCCGCUACUCCGCCAACCUUUUGUCCGAGUGAAAGCUGUCGUGGCUAAAGUAGUUGGCAGGGCGGGAGAGAACAUUGUUGACCAUCUAAUCAAACGAAUGGAGCAAUAUGCCGCUGGAUUGGAGCAUGAAGUGGAAGUAAAGAUGAAGCAGUUCAUGGAGGAACGACAGCGUUCAGCAGCUUUUCUUGGCCAGCUUUUACCAAAGUAUUGCAAUAUUUACUUUUUUUAUACGGAUACUCUUAUCAGGGCAGUAUUUCCGCCUCCAAAUUCAAACAAAAUCUCAUUUUUUUUAAAAAAGGCGGAAAUACUGCCCUGGCCUGUCGCGGACGCUCUUGGUCGGGGUAUUCAAGUUGUUCCGGAGACAUUCGAGCACACAACAGUGUACUUCGGAGACGUGCCCGGUUUUGCCGAAGCCAUCGAGCAAUGCGAGAGCGCUUUGGACACCGUGGAGCUGCUUAAUAAGCUGUACAGUGUAUGCGAUGCUGUGGUGGCUUCGCAUGAUGUGUAUAAAGUGGAAACAAUAACUGAUGCCUACUUGGUGGCAAGCGGAGUACCAGUUCGAAACGGCAAUAAACAUGCCGAACAAGUAGCGUCCAUGGCUCUGGGUAUCCGAAGAGAAAUUAGCAGUUUGCGAGCAACAAUGGAUAAGGCCAAGAAUUUCAAACUGCGAGCUGGCUUGCAUUCGGGCUCUUGCGUCGCUGGCGUAAUUGGACUGAAAAUGCCAAAAUAUUGCCUGUUCGGGGAUACAGUUAAUACUGCAAGCAGAAUGGAAUCGCACGGUGAAGCUGGAAAAAUUCACAUCAGCGCAGCAACCAAAACCAUUCUGGACAGAUUCGAUGACUUCAUAGUGAGCGAAAGAGGCAUCAUUGACAUCAAGGGCAAAGGUCCCAUGCAGACAUACUGGCUUAUCGGUCGCAACUGACCGAGAUGUUUCAAGAAUACUCCGUCUCCUCCAAAGCACCACAACGUCAACUGCAUUAAACAGCAUCACGACAUCGUCUGUUGCUGAAAUGCUUUUCUCUAGCUGCGAAAUGUACGGGGUCUUAUGCCUGAUUCUCUGUGCACAAGUGUAUCUCCGAGAUUCCGACUAAUACUGUGGAAUCCUGUGAGCGGCUUUUGCGCACAAUCUUUUCAAUUGGUGAUGUAGCCGUCAUGUACCUCGUACAUUACGCUCCUACCCGUUAACCUAAAGUUUCCAUGCCUACGAGCGGUCUUCGUAAGUUAAAUUCAUGUUAAUCAUUUUACUGUAGGACCUCGCGGUCAGUCAUCUCGCGACCCAGAGUACCAGUGUACAUAUUGUAACGAGUAUCUAAGAAGGCUUGCAGCAAGUA